AUGGAUCAGCACUCGGGGAAACAAACUGCAGUGAUUUUGGAGACCAGUAUGGGCGUCAUCCAGCUCGAAUUGUACGCUCAUCAUGCUCCGAAGACUUGUCACAACUUUAGUGAAUUAGCCAAUCGAGGCUAUUAUAACGGAACGGUCUUUCACAGGGUAAUUGCAGAUUUCAUGGCCCAGGGCGGGGAUCCAACCGGCACAGGGAGAGGUGGUCGGAGCAUUUACGGCGACAAAUUCGAAGACGAAAUUCAUCCAGAAUUAAGAUUCACAGGGGCUGGGAUUUUGGCCAUGGCGAACAGUGGGCCGAACACGAACACAAGCCAAUUCUUCUUAACACUAGCACCUACGCCACAUUUAGAUAAGAAGCACACGAUCUUCGGGCGGGUUUAUGAAGGCUUAAAAGUUCUCGAACGGAUCGGAUCGGUCAACGUAGACUCGGAAGACAGACCUCGAGAACCAGUCAAGAUUCUCAAGGCCCGAGUGAUUGAAAAACUUGCUUGA